AUCAUAUCCGACGUGGUGGAUCGCGACGACGUGGAAAACGGUGUUCAUAGAAGCGAUUUGCGAUUUCAACGUCGCAGGAUCGUGCUCCCGUCCCCCCCCCCCUCCGCCUCCGCCGCCCUGUUCCGGCAGCAUUAGAAUCCAGAAGAGACGUUCUCUCCGAGGAACUCCCACAAGAGAGAUCCCACAGCGAUACUCCAUUUUCAACGCGUUCAACGCGUCGACUCUCUCCUCCGUUCCCCAUAAAUCCUCAUGUACUUCCCCUUCGCUCGUUUCUUACCGAGUCACCGUCACGGUCACGUUGGGUUGUCAGUCGAGCGCUAUCGGUGCGCGCGGACAAAAGUGCACGGUGUCGUGCGCAAUCUACGGUAAAUCGUGACGAAGCGAUCUCGUGUCGCUCGCUCGCUCGCUCGCGGCGGUGGCGACGACGACGGUGGCGGCCGUUGCGAGAAAGUCCCGCCCGUCAUUUAGACUGAGUCCGUGCGGCUGCUGUCUGCGCGCUCAUCGACGAUCACUUUGCGCCGAAGAGCACGUGCGUAUGUAAAUCGCCUCAUUUUCGCACGCACGUCGCAAACGCAUCUCGCUGCUGCUGCUGCUGCUUGACGGACAAACGCGCGCCGGUGACGCCGCAUCUGUCGCGAGCCGAUCUGGCGGCUCGAGGCUCGAGCGUGUGCCGCCGCACGAGCCGGCCGCCGAGGUGGAGGAGAGAUGCCUGCGUCAUCGGCGUGUAUCAUCGGCAAGAUCGAUCGCGACGACGAAACAUGAUCACGACGCCGCCGUCGCUGCCGCUGCCACCUUCUCGCGCGCCUUGCUCUCCUGUCUUCCUGUCGUGCGUCCAGUGAUUUCUCAGCGCUAAUAGAUUGCCCGCGGUCCGGUCAGCCGGCUUUCAUUUUAAUGGAUGGAGAGAAAGAUUGUCGGCGGAAGAAAGAAGCUCAGGGCAGCUCCCACCAGUCUCAGAGCAAUGCAUCAGAUUCGCUGCCCGUAUCAGGGGAAGAAGCGGAUUGGGAGGGUGCGCUCAGCACGGAGAAGCACGGCGACCUCGGGGACAUGACGUUCUGCAUGGCCAAUUAUAUGAAGGAAGCCAUGAAGAUGAUGUUCAUGAUGCGCAGUCAUCAUAUGCUGACUGAUGUGAUACUUGAAGUUGGUACCGAAUUGUUCCAUGCGCAUAAAGUUAUUUUAGCAGCUGCUAGUCCCUACUUUAAGGCCAUGUUUACCGGAGGAUUGAAGGAGUGCGAAAUGACAAGGGUGAAACUCCAAGGAGUGUGCCCAACCGCAAUGGCUCGCUUGAUGUACUUCAUGUAUACUGGACAAAUAAGAGUUACUGAGAUUACCGUGUGUUCGCUGCUGUCAGCAGCUACCAUGUUCCAAGUUACCAAUGUGAUAGACGCGUGCUGCGUAUUCCUGGAGAGGCAAUUAGAUCCCACGAACGCGAUCGGCAUCGCGCACUUUGCCGAGCAGCACAGCUGCCAGGACUUGUACCACAAGGCGAACCAGUUCAUUGUCCAGCACUUCAAUCAGAUAUGUCAAGAGGAGGAAUUCCUGCAGCUGUCCGCUAUUCAGCUGGUAUCGCUCGUUAGGAAGGACGAGCUGAAUGUGCAGGAGGAGCGGGAAGUGUACAAUGCCGUGCUCAAGUGGGUCAAGUACAACGAAGAGGCGAGGCGGCCGAAAAUGGAGCAUAUACUGCACGCGGUGCGUUGCCAGUACCUCACACCGAACUUCCUGCGAGAGCAGAUGAAGAACUGUGACGUGCUGAAGAAAGUGCCGGCUUGCCGCGAGUAUCUCGCGCAAAUCUUCAAGGACCUGACGCUGCACAAGAAGCCGGUGGUGAAGGAGCGCACGCCCAACACGCCCCGGGUCAUCUACAUCGCUGGCGGUUUUCUCAAGCACUCGCUCGACGUACUGGAGGGUUACAACGCCGACGACAAGACGUGGACGCAGCACGCGAAGCUGAUCGUACCUAGGUCCGGCUUGGGUGGCGCUUUCCUCAAAGGCAUGUUCUACGCAGUCGGCGGCAGGAAUAACUCACCAGGAAGCAGACGUUCGCGUGAUGUUUUCAGGUACGACAGCGACUGGGUCGACAGGUACAACCCGGUGAUGGAUCAAUGGCGACCGUGCAGCCCGAUGUCGGUGCCGAGAAACAGGGUUGGCGUCGCUGUGAUGGACGGACUGUUGUACGCGGUGGGUGGCAGCGCAGGCGCCGAGUAUCACAACAGCGUCGAAUGCUACGACCCUGAUCAGGAUACGUGGACCAGCGUCAAGCCUAUGCACAUCAAAAGACUGGGCGUGGGAGUGGCGGUGGUGAACAGAUUGCUGUAUGCGAUCGGCGGCUUCGACGGUAAGGAACGACUCAGCUCAGUGGAGUGUUACCACCCGGAGAACGACGAGUGGACGAUGGUCUCGGCUAUGAAGUGCAGUCGCUCGGGCGCCGGAGUGGCCAAUCUAGGUCAAUAUAUAUACGUUAUAGGCGGAUACGACGGGAACUCGCAGUUGAACUCGGUGGAGAGAUACGACACGGAGCGCGACGUCUGGGAAUACGUGAGCAACGUCAGUAUCGCCCGCAGCGCGCUUAGCGUCACCGUUCUCGACGGCAAGCUGUACGCGAUGGGAGGAUACGACGGUGCGACGUUCUUAAACAUAGUGGAAAUUUACGACCCCGCCAAGGAUCAGUGGAUCCAGGGUGUGCCUAUGACGUCCGGGAGGUCCGGUCACGCCAGCGCUGUGUCGUACUAUCAGUGCCCUAUGCAUUGCGAUCAUCUGGACCACAAUAUCGCAUUGGAGAGACCGCCGUCGUGAUGUGGCAACGGACGGUUCUUCUUGCUGAACAACGCUUGCGAAUAACGACGGCCAAUAAGAUAACGUGCGGUCGCGUCGUUUAUGCAUUUCGUUAAGUGAAAUGUGUACAAAGUGAGGAGGUGGAACUGUGGUGUAAAAGUGACGACAUGAAAGAUACGACACACACACAUACGCGCGCGCACACACACACACGCAUACACGGGUCGGGACGGGACAUAAGGGGCAAUCGACGUUUACGUGGACAACUCGACUGAGAAUUGUAUUUACGUAGUGUAAUAUAGCAGAGACGGCACGAGACGCGUGUCGUCGAAUCGGACCAAGUCUGAAAAAGAUUGCGACUAGCUGGCGAAAGAUGUAUUCUCUCGAGAAGCAAGGUGAAGUGAAUUUUUUUAUUCGUUAUUUUUAUCCUCUUCUUUUUCUCUUUCUCACCGCGACGUUUCGACUUAACGAAGGACCAAAUUCGCCGCAUCCAGCUACUAAGACAGAUCAGACUGUAACAAGUUUUUUAUAGCUUGGUCGCUCUUCGCGGACGACACUGUAAUUAAUAUGUAAUUGUACAUAUAUCGUAAGAAAGUUAUUUUCAAAGAA